GAUCAAGUCGGGCCAAUUUAACCGGAGCGUACCAUAUAGCCACCAGCAGUACCUCUAUUUCCAAAAGACAAGAAUCCGGAGCGUGACAUCACGCGUGUUGUAUCUAGGGGUGUCAGUUCGGGUCGGGUUCGGUUACCCAAACCAAAAUAAAAAAACCCGAAAACCCGAAACCGAAAAUCACUAAAACCGAACCCGAAGCCUAUAAGGACUUGCGGGUUCCGGUUACCCAAAAAUUCUUUAUCAGAUUCGGGUUUGGUUAAAGCAAAACCGAACCCGAAAACGGAAAACCCGAAACCCAAAACAAACCCGAACCCGAAAAAUCGAAAAUAUAUAUAAUCGAGUCGGUUUCGGGUAAACCCGAAAAACCGAACCCGAAUGGACACCCCUAGUCGUAUCGUCAGCAAACGCAAGGCCAAACUGCGUAAUGCAUGAUGACGGGUGCUGCCGCGUUGAAGCCGUUUACCGCCAAGCCGACUCGCGCGAACUCCACCUGGACCAGUCGAGCGUUUGGGUUCUUCUUUUUCUCCAUUAUUUUGGUGGCCCUGGCCCAUAUUUAAUUUUUAAUUAAUUUAAUCAUAAACAGUACCAGCACGUUUGCUUCCUCUUCGCUUCGGUCUGGUUUGGCCUCAAAAAAGUCCUUUUUAAUUUUUCCUUCUCCCUCUCUUUAUUUUCCGUGAAGUUACGUUUUGUUUAUGUUAAAACCCUAGACCAGAGAAGAGGAGCCUUUUUAUUAAUGGUGGUGAUUGGUGAAUCCCUACUCCGAAGAGAGUAAGAAGGUCUGCUUCCUUUCCCUAUACCAGCAAAUUGACUCAUCUUCCAUUGAUCCCCUACUGAAGCCAGAUCCAUCCUCCUCUCUAGGAACCUACGUGCUCAGUCGCAAUUCUGUAGAGGUACCAAAUCGUUUCUCCUCUCGGGGGGUUUUUUUUUUUGUUCGAUCUUUGGGUGCCCGCCACCGCCUUGGUCCGAUUUGUUCGGUGCGGCAGCGUCGACUGUCGCGUUUUGAUUUUAUUUCAGGGAUUUUUAGGGGUUUUACGGAGUCGGUCUUUUUCUCUGUGGCGAUUGGUGCCGAUGGAUGGUAGUUUUGAAGAAAUUCUUAGUUUUGCUAUGGUCUCAUGUCGUACCGGCUCAUUUGGUUAUGAAAAGACGGAUUUGAUUGAGGUUCAUACUUUGAGCAUGAGAAAGAAAAGUUUAGGAAUAGAGAAUUUCAGUGUUAUGAACUGGUUGUUGCUGCUAGAGCCGAUUGUUGCUUAGCCUGAGGCUUUUGUUCGAGGGUUCCUUGGUAAUGUUUCGUUUGGCGUUAACUCGUGGUGUUUUGUGUUUCAUUUUCAAUGUCCAUCUUGUUUGGAGUCUGAGGGUUGGCCAUUAAAUGUUGUACAACUUGAAUGUGCGAUGUGCCUCGUCCCUAUCAAAGAAUCCUCCUUUCUUUGUUCGUUCUCUUUGGAUUACAAAAUGAAGUUAAAUUGUGUUGAAAACUUGAUUCAGGCGCGGAACAAUUACUGUGGAAACUGUUAAAUAGAGAAUGAGCACUCUGGCUCAGGGGGCUAAGGGAAUUUCCUCAAGGAAUCGAAUAAAAAAGCCUGUGCCAGACUUGAACGUGGUGCCAGGUGAGAACCGGGACCAGGUUGGAACUUCAGCUCAAGAUGCGACAAAUCAAGUUCAAGUAGGCCAACAAGUGCCUUUUAUAGCUCCGACCAUUGAUGUCGAGGCUCUAGAUGAUGAUGUUAUUGAAUCCUCACCAACGGCUUUCGCUGAAGCCAGGAACAAUGCGCGCAGAACUCGAUCCAGGACUGUUUUCGAUGUGGAGUCAGGACAAACAACGGCUGUGACACCUUGUAUGCUAGAAAAGCGUAGAAGAGUUCCAGUUAUCAAUUGUGAUUUGAUUAAUUUGGAAAGCAACAGUGGCUCCGUGAAGAACAAGGUGGAGCCACCUGCAGCGCCACCGCCACCUCCGGAACCAAUCUUUAACUGUCCAAUCUGUAUGUCUCCGUUUGUUGAGGAGACAUCAACCAAAUGCGGACACAUUUUCUGUAAGAAAUGUAUCAAGGCUGCAAUAGCUCGUCAGCCUAAAUGUCCUACUUGCAGGAAAAAAGUCACUGCUAAAGAUCUUAUUAGGGUGUUCCUUCCAUCAACCGGUUGAUACCGAUGUACAGAUAUGCCAUCGCUGUGUAAGUUCCCUUGAUUCUCUGGUUCUUGAUGCUAGCUUCUACAGUGUUAGUUUUCAGAGUUUUGCUUCCGAGAUAGAAUUUAUGUGCUUGUGAAAGCAUGCAUAAAACAAUUUUAGUAGGGAUAAGAUGCUAGAUGAAAUGGUGGAAGUAAGUGUAUAGAUGCAGAGCCUUCAAAUGACACCAAGUCACGGAGUCGCGAAUUAUCUGAAAAUUGAACUAUGUCACUCAAGUCUUGCGAUCUUACGCUUGCGUUGUUGUUACUGAAUGCGAGAUCGGGGUUGUUCCUCAAUCUAAGUUACUUUAUUUCCUUCCAUUUGUAACAGGGUUAAUCAGGAUAAGCUUUGAGAUGGAUCGGUGGAACGGGGGGACAGCAGCGGUAGCAUUACAGAUGCAAAAUUGCUUUCGUUUUUUUCUGUUUUAAUCUUUCGAUUGGUAUCAGGAACAAGUAGUUUAUCUUAACAUGUGCAAUUGAAACAGAUUUGUCAUGUAUUCAUGAAGUGGCAAAAUCUGUUUCUAUUCGGCCCUUGAACUUGUGUUGCAGCAGCCGGUGUGUUGCCUUGUUGUUUCGCUGUUAGAUGGUGUAUAGUGAUUGGAAUUUGGAUGGACUGAAUGCCAGCAGUUUAAUCAAGUGAAAGGUUAUAG